ACUGAAUCUUGAGGAAGAAUUGGAUCAGAUGAAAGUACUCCAGUCUGUGGAACCACUUUUUAAAUUUAGUGAAGACAAUGGGGUCAAGAGCAGUACUCCAAAGAGAAAUAUGAAAGAAGUUUCACAUCAGACAUUACAGAAGGUACAGCAACUAGAAAGAAGAUUCAAAGCUAUUGAAGGGGAAUUAAAGAAACAGAAAGAAGUAAAUAAAGACUUAUUGAAGGAGAAAAAUGAUUUGAAAGCAUCUUUAAAAGUGCAAAAGGAAAAUGCAGACACAAGAGAAAGAGAGCUGGAAACGCUACUUAAGAGGAUUUGUGAAAUAAAAAAAGACAAAGCAGAACUUCAGUUAGUGAUUGAUGAGCAGGAAAAAGAAGCUGCCUCUUUGAAGAGGCAAGUGGCAGAAGCUAACAGGUUGGGAAAUGAAAAUGAAGAUUUGCUGAGUCAAGUGCAGAAGCUGAAGUGUUCACUGGAUGAAGCCAAAGCAGUGGCAACCUCUGGGCAAUGUAAUUGCAAGAUAACAGGCACCAAGGUUAAAUUAAAAACAGCCAAGAAAAAGAGCUCUUUGGGACAUCAUGGAGCUUUUCUCAAACAGUCCAUCAAGGUUAUGAGUAAUAUAUUUGAGAACUUCAGUAAGGACGGCUGGGAGGAUGUGAGUGAAAGCAGUGACUCUGAAAUACCAACUUCAGAAAGUUUGGAAACAGUGAUUAUGAAGACAGUGCAAAACAUUGAUCCACUGCCAGACAGAAGUAAACAACAGGGAAAAAAGCAAAUACAAGAUAGUCAAAAGCCCUGCAACGUUGUUCAUUUAGAAGGCAAAAAACAGCACUAUAAUAAAAAGGGCCAUUCACAGAAUAAAGACCUGGAAAAGUUACAUUCCAAGGGGAGGAAGAUCUGCUAUCUCAUAACAUCUUAUCCAUCAAUUCUAAGUAAAGUCAACAGAACAAAAAGGAGAAAUCUCAUUGUCCAGAAACCGGGCUACUCUGUUACUCUACUGCAGGAAAGAAUUAAGGCAUUGCAGCAGCAGAUAGCUGCUUUACAGAAUGAAAAAAAGACAGCAGUGUCUUCUGUGAAGGGAUUUAAAGAAACCAAUGAAAAACUAACAACUCAGCUACGUUUGGCUGAUCAGAGACUUCAAAAUAGUAAACUGACCAUAGAGGUGUUGACCUCCAACCUGGCCAAGUGGCAACAAGAGAAGGAAGAUUUACAAGGAAAAUUGAAGUUGAGAGAACAUCUGUCUCAAACUGCUGGCAAAAGUGAAGCCACACCAGCUCCUUCAAAGAACAUAGAUUUAGAGAUGAAACAGCUGCAGUGCAAACUAAAGAAUUCGAAUAAUGAAAUUACGAAGCAAUCGACCACCAUUAAGUCCCUAAAAAACGAAGUCCAGGAAAAAGAAGAACGGAUACGGGAACUACAAGCGAAGAUUUCUCGACUGGAGAGGGAUCUUAAUAUGAAAAGACAUUUGAUAGAAGACUUAAGGUCUCGUCUAAAAGCAAAUCAAGAAAAUGAGAAAACUUCUCAUGAAACAUUAGAAAGUCUUGAGAGAAAGGUAAAGGCACUGGCUGAAGACUGUUCGAACAAAAAAACUUCCAUUGACUCACUGAAACAAAAACUUAAUGUGGCUACGAAGGAGAAGUCUCAGUAUGAGCAGAUGUAUCACAAGGCUAAAGAUGAGUUGGAAAAAAAGGAUCUCAAGCUUACCAAUCUAGAGAGCAAAAUGAUUGAGACUGAAUAUGCUAUGACUGAACUUGAGACUACUGCAUCUCAACAACUACAUGGCUUGGCUAAACAGAGUGGACAGGCUUUGGAAACUGUACAGAAGAAGCUGCUGCUCAGCAAUGACAAAGUAGAAGAAUUCAUGACUUUUGUGAAGGCUCUAACCAGAGAGUUACAGCACAGCAUACAAGAGCUGAGAACAAAAAUCAAACAGGCAAAAAAAAUUGGAGAAGUGGGAGUGUGCCAAAAGGGUCUUUCCCAAGAGUCUGUUCAGUUGGCAGCAUCUAUUCUUAAUGUUUCAACAACUGAUCUGGAGGAAAUAUUAGAAGUAGAAGAUGAUGAGGAAACAGCAAAGACAAAAAUGGAAUUUGAAAAAGAUAAAGAAUGGCUGCAGUAUAUACAGAAACUUCUUGAAGCACAGUUUCCUUUUGCCUCAUACUUAAUGGAUGCCAUACUGGAAAAAUUAAAUGAGAAGAAGAAGUUGGUAGAAGAGUACAGUUCUCUCAUGAAACAGACUGUAUGA